AUCACGUCACGGCCUUUGAUACGCAGCCUUGAACACCGAAAGUAGUUUUACCUUUUAAAGCGUUAAGCUGUCGAUCCCAAUCUUUAGCUAGGCGAGCGUCUGUGUUGUAAGGUGCCCGUAUCGAUUUCUGUCGCACAAAUCUGCAAAGAGCGCUGCAGCUAGGACUAUUGAUAUAUCUCUCUGACUUUUUUUGGAUUUAUAUUUGCUUAACGUACAAGUUUCUAAGCAAGAAAGAUGAGUUCAGCACCAGAAAUAAAGUCCUCAAGGAAGCGACAGUCAAUGGGCCCCAGCCCCGUUGUCGUCCAACACACCCCGGUAGGCACAAAGAGCACCAGGGUAAGCAUAGGUCCCGGUGCUAGCCUUAGGCGCUCCAACGUCACCACCUCAUACACUGCACCGAUGCUGGCCCCUCAAGGCGAGGCCUCUAGGUUGAGCAAGGAGACGGUCCAGAGCGUGAAAGGAAUUAGAGGAAAGGAGAAGAAAGACAUGUGCGAUCUGAAUGGAAGACUCGCCUCUUACAUGGAGAAGGUGAAGUUCCUUGAAGCUACCAACAAGGGCCUGGCUGAGGAAUGUGAAAAGCUUAGAAAAAUUAAAGGCCUUACUGGUGACAGAAUCAAAGAGGAGUAUGAAGAUGAACUCAAAGAAGCAAGAGAAGCGCUUGCAGAGGCUUCAAAAGAGUUAGCUCCCUUACAAGCAAAAGUUAUGGGCCUUGAAGACAAAGUGGAAACCGUGGAUGCAGAAAACGACGGCUUAAGGAAAAAUAUUCAAGACCUACAAAAUCAAAUUGAAAAGCUUAACCAGCUGCUUGGUGAACAGGAGGCUGAAACUAACUCAUUGAGGAGAACAUGUGACAACCUUGCAAGAGACAGGGAUAUGGCAAAGAAAGAACUUGCUAACACAAGAGACGACAACGCUAGAAUAAGAGAUGACUGCGAAGCUGCAAGAAUUAGGCAGAUUAACGCCGAGAACGAACGGGACAGCUGUACGGAGGAAUUAGACUUUGUAAAAGAAACGUCCGAAAUGGAGAUUCAAGAGCUGAGAGAACUGCUUCAAAAUCUCAAGAGCAUACAGCCCCAGAUUGAAGACAUGUGGAAGUCAGAGUUCAAGCAAGUUAUCCAAGACCUUCAAGAGCAUUACAACGACCAGCUUAGAACAAUGACAGACGAGCAACAGAAGAGAUAUGACGAAAAGCUAAUUAACAUACAGCAAGGACUAAGAAGAGACAACACUGACUCCAGUGUCGUAAAAACCGAAAACAAGCAUCUGAAGGAUCAGAACAGAGACUUGAGAGAUCGUCUGAACGACCUUGAACGGGAGCUUGAAGCUUUGAGGAGACAAUUAGAUGCAUUGAACAAGUUGCGUGAAAGGGAGAAUGAAGAAUGCGAUGCCAACAAGGCCACUCUGAAUGACGAAAUAGCCGCACUGAGAGCUGAACUCGAAGCAGUCAGUGAAGACUUAGAUGACCUUCAAAACAGUAAAAUGGACUUGGAGCUCGAGAUCGCCUGCUACAAAAAAUUACUGGACGGCGAAGAAACAAAGAUUCAGAAAGCGUUAGAGGAGCAAUCCAACAUGCAAAGUAAAGGUGGUGCCGAUUUGGCUAAAGUGAUUGCUGGUGGGCCUAGUGGUGGCGGUCAGAGUACUCAAUCUUCUAAACCUGUUGUUACUAUGAGUCAGUCAUCAGGAAGGGUGCAAGUGACAAGGACAUCUAAAUGCGCCAUUCAGAUCAAGGAAGUUGAUCAAGCUGGGCGACAUGUCUGCUUGUCAAAUACUUCCACUUCAAAGGACUUCGACUUGUCUCGCUGGACACUAACUAGAGCAUAUCCAAAAGGUAAAACCAGUGUAUUUAAGUUCGGCAACUGCGUCCUGAAAGCUGGCAAAGAAUUGAAGGUCUUCUCAUACAACAACCAGGAGGAGAUGGAAGACGAGAAGAAGGACAACCCAUCUCUCUUUGCUUUACUGGGAACACAAGGUGAAUGCAAGUCUUGGGGACAUGGAAACGGUCAGGUGACACUUUGUGACGAGAAUGGAAAGGAAAAGGCUAGCUCCAAGAUUACAUACAUCAGUGAUUAAGCAAAUGUGAAAUAAAAUAUGACAUCAUAGGUGUCGUCAUCAGUGACGUGUUUCAUUACAAGAUCAUCAACAAGAUAAAAAUUAAGAACUAUUUAUUAUUACAUUAAAAUUACAACGGAGACCUACCACCAUUGUUUUGAAACAUUGCUAUAUUUAGUUCUGGUUUCUAUUAUUUUGCAUUAAAAAAAUCUAGGGCAUUGUUCUGUAGAAUGAAUGUUUUAAUAGUUUUAGUUUAGCUUUGUAUUUUGCCUUUGAUAUAUUUUAAAGCAAUUUGCAUUUUAUACAUUGAAAGUUAGGUUACGAAACGACGUAAUGGCGUAGUUGAAGACAGAACUUUGAUGGUGUUCAUCGGGAAUGCUAGAUCUAUUUCGCAAAUAAUGGUUUAUCGAUUUUUUUAUUCUGUACGAGUGUAGCAUGUGUUAUUAGUUUUUCUUUGAAAUUUACCCAUUCACUGGUGCUAUUUGCAAUGUAACCUCACUAUACUGAACACGAAUUAUAUUUUUAUUGUGUAAGAAGGAUAGUAUAAAUACAUUUAUGAAGAAGAAAGAAAAAAAUGGCUUGCCGUUGUGAUACAAAUGUCGAAAGUUGCUACACAUGAUUUUUACAUGCCACUCAUCACUUCCGCUUCAAAAUAAUAGGUCGCCAUUUAAUAUAUGUUGUUCUAUAGACUGUGUAUUCUUGUACAUUACUAAUCGGCAUACUGGUUUUCAACUCUAUCAAACACACGGUAUGUAAGGCGAUGUUAUGUUUGUGUUGCAAUAAUUUACACAUAUAGAUGGAGGGUGUUAAUUGUGUUUAUGUAUUUAUUCAUAAAGAAACGUCCGUUCAAAGCAUAUAUAUUUCAGAUGAGGACACUGAUAUAUACAUAUAUACAUUUGCAUGAGUUAUUACCUAUUACAGAAAGAUUUUAUUGCAUAGAGAUAUAUGUAUUUGUUUGUUAAAAUUUAUAUAGUUUUACAAAGUGUGUAAUUACUUUAUUUUAUGCAACGUCAUUCAGUAAAAUGUGACCCCAGGGCUACUCGCCUUUUAGUGUCACGUAUUUACAGGACCAUUUGAGUGUUGUAUAUAUUUAGGAUAUAAGAUGUAGUGCAAGACUAGAAUCUCCUGCUUUCUUUGUUUUGUUUACAAGGAAGUAGAACGUAGAAAAAAUGUUUAUUUAUAUUUUCGUUCAAAUGAUACCUUGAAUACUAGAACACUAUAUAUUACCAUGUAAAACGUGGAAAGCAAAUAAAUUUUAAUAGUA